AGCGGAGAAGUGAGCCAGUGGAGAAGUUGCCCAUGGCAACCAAUCAGCACGGAAGUAACAUCUAUAAUUUGCAUACUAUAAAAUGAUACAGAGCUGCUGAUUGGUCAAUGGGGAAAUUUCUCCACUGGCUCACUUCUCCGUUCUUAUCACUGCUUAGUAAAUGUACCCCUUAAUCUCAUGUGUUUAGUCAUACAUCUUGGACCUCUUUUAAUGAAGGGAAACCUAUUGAUGUAUUGUUAGAUGAAGGCAAGCAGACCUACCUGUCUAAACAGGAAGAAUUAAGAUGUCGUAACCGAAGUGUAAUGGAGCGACUGAUUGAUAUAGUACUGUGUUUGGCAAAAGGUGGAAGGCCAUUUAGGGGUCACAAUGAACAAUGUGAUAGCCUUGAAAGAGGGUUAUUUCUUAAUCUGGUAGAUAUGCUUCAAAAAUAUGAUCCUGUCAUGGCAAAACAUGCAAAAGAAUCUCCUCGAAAUGCUUCUUAUCUAAGCAAUCGCAUCCAAAAUGAUAUAAUUGUGGCCAUACACAAUGUUGUAAUACAAAACAUUGUGUCUUCACUAAAUGGAAAAGUGCUUUCAAUAAUUGCUGAUGACACCACUGACUGUGGACACCAUGAACAGAUGUCCGUUGUUGUGCGGUAUUUUGACAAUCAUAAACAUAGUCCAGUUGAAUUUUUUUUGUCUGUUCAGAGACUUUUCAAAGUUGAUGCACAGUCUAUUUUUAACCAAUUGAAUGAAGUCCUUGACAAUCUUAAAAUAGAGUGGUCAUCAGUAUUAGCGGUCUGUUUUGAUGGCGCAUCUACGAUGUCUGGAUGUACAGCAGGUGUUCAAAUGAAGUGUAAAGAAAGAAAUAGUAAUAUACUCUAUGUGCACUGCUAUGCACAUUGUUUGAAUCUCGUUCUAGUAGAUGCAUGCACUUCAAGUAAACAGAACAGUUUUUUAUUUUUAUUUUGGCAUUGUUCAGACUCUUUAUAACUUCAUGGAGGGCAGUUCAGUUCGACAUGCAAGAAUGGAGAAAAUUUCCCAAGAUGUAGGAUCCCAGUUGAAGACUUUAAAAUCACUGUCUAAUACAAGAUGGGCUUGUAGAGCAGAAGCUGUGGCUGCUGUAAAACAAAACUAUUCCAUCAUUUUACAAGCCUUAGAUGAGAUUGUUCAAGAGACCCGUCUUCCAGACAUUAAAAUAAAAGCCAGAGGUCUUAUCUGUGAACUUAAGUCAUUUGACUUCAUCUUUGGACUUCACAUGAUGCAUCCUAUUCUCCAAAUGGUGGUUAAAGUGAGUAAGGCUCUUCAAGACCCAGAACUCAACUUACUUACAGCAAUGGCAGGAGUGAAAAGCUUGCGGAACACAUUAGCUACUAUGAGGAAUGACCCAGAACAUUUUCAGUCAAUUUACCAAGAAUCUGUGACAGCAUGUUUAGAGAAAGAUAUACCAAUACCUUCAGUUAAGAAGAGAAAAAUAUCCAGUCGUUUGGAUAACACCGUUGAAACCCAGCAUCACUUCAACACAAAAGAGGAACAGGAGAGAAUUAUUUCCUUUUAUCCACUCCUUGACUCCAUGAUAGCUGGCAUUGACCAAAGAUUUGAACAGGAAACUUGUGUAGUAAUAACUGCAAUGGGAAAUUUGUUACGUUUAAAAAUUGACAAGGACGACCUUAAAAUUAUUGCCAAUAAAUGUAACAUUUCCACAGAUGAAUUGGAAGCAGAAGUAAAGUUGCUUCAGGGCUAUGAUACAUGUGCUUCUAAAUAUUGCACUACAAACACAAGACCGUGGCUUGAUUGGCUAAAGGAAUCGCAUCGGUUUUCCAUGUUCCCGGCCUUCUAUAAAGCUAUUCAACACUUUGCUGUCAUACCGGUUACUAGCUGUUCAUGUGAGAGGGCAUUUUCAAAGCUAGGACAUGUAAAAAACAAGUUAAGAAGUACAAUAUACCAACAGCGCCUCGAUUCACUCAUGUUGUUGUACAUUGAGCAAGAAUUGGCUCUCUCCGUAAAUUACAAUGAUGUUAUUGAGGAAUUUAAAUCAUUGAUGGCUGGUGAGAGACGUCUUCUUCUUUAAAACAAGGAACAUGAAAAAUCAAGAGAAAAGGACCUAAAUAAUUACAGUGGUUCUCAACUGAACUGCAAUCCUUAAGUUUGUAUGUUAAAAAUCAGCAAAGUCUACUUCACAGACUUCAGCUUUAUUAUUCAGUUUGUUAUUUGAACAAAGUUUUAAAAAAUGCCCGAGAUGAAGAUGCAGUGUAAACCAAAGUGUAAACAUCUGUUACAGUAGAAGAGAGCAGGAGCUGGCUACAGUGCAAGGUUAUGGGAUUAUUCCAUGGAGCGGCUUACGUAAACAAAUGAGAUCUUGAAAGGCAUUAAGUUGCUGAAGUUGUAUGCCUAGGAGAGUAUAUUCUGCACCAGUGUGGAGGAAACUAGGAUGAAGGAACUGACCAGUCUGAAGACAUCCGCACUGCACACUUCCCUCUCCAGUGUUCUGAAGCUGAACAAAUUAUUCACAAGUAACCAGAUCUGGGAUGACACCAUGAGGAAUGGAGAUUCCCCCUGCUUGUUAGAUGCCUGCAAGAAACAUCCUGGAAUUGUAUGUGUCAUAAUAGAUUUAUAUUACACACAUCGUACUUUAAAGUGUUUUGUCUGUGCUUGUGUUUAAAUAUUUAGUUCUGCAGGUUUCAAAGUACUAAUUAUAGAAGUCACAGACACUUAUUUCACACUAUUUUUAAAAACCUAAGUUGUCCUAAAUGAAAAGUCAUCUGUUAUAAUCUGGCACCUGUGAUAAUAAUGGAAAGAAUUAAAA